CCCCUUCCAGUAGUCUCCAAAUAGGGGCACAGACUUUUAGGUUCCCAAACUUUGCUGCAAGAAGCGAAAAGAAGUUUAGGGCAGGCUGAUUAUGUGUGCUCCACUUCUCUGCCUCUGAAUGGCAAAGCAGAGAACAGAGCUGUGAACGUUUUGACCAGAUACAUGGCUCUACCUUGUGACAUGCCAGAAGAUUCUGAUGAGUUCAGAGUUUUGCAACAGUGGUGAUUGUGUGGAAAAUCUCUGUCCAGUUUUGCACGGCUAAAGAGGGACCUUAUAUUUACCAUCACUUGGGUUCUUCUGUUCCAUCACUCGCUAAAUUCUGGUCAUGAUGAAGCUGUGCUGGACACAUUUCUCAUGGCUUUUCACACUGCUAGCGAUGCCAGUUUACAGUCAGAGCGGUGAUGAUGGAGAAGUGGGAUCCGGUGACGUUUCUGGGCCUUUGGUCAAUGGCAGCUCCUCAGCCUCAAUCCUCCAUACGGUCGGUGACGAGCCAGACAAGAACAGGCCGCUUUUUCAGACUCUUCCAGAGACGGAAAGCGGCGACUGUAAUGUCAAUUUCCACACCAGCCAAGUCAUGUCACGGCGGUUACGAGCUUUUAGAGAAGAUGUUUCAUAUCUGAAGGCCCUCCAGCAUGGGAACCAGGCAGUGAUGGAGAAUCUGGUCCAGUUUGUAGGAGCAGAAAUGGGGGAUCAGCGAUAUGAGGAGGUGAUCCAAGAGAACAUUGUCGGGAUAAGGGAGGAUCAUGGGAGCUGUGGGAGUGUGGUGACGAAAGCAGCAGAGGAGAUGGAGAAUCAGUUGGAAGGAGACGCUCAGGCCACUUUGGCUGGAAUUCAGAAAAUAAAAGAAGAGUCUCUUGCCUUUGAAGAACUGUUGCGUGCCGCGUCGGACAUUGCCACUCGACUGGAGAGCACAUCACGAGCCCUGCAUGUGGAGAUGAUGGAACAGCUGAGGAAGAACACCAGACAGCCACGCUGAGCUAAAUGAAGCCAUCCGACCUGGAAAAAUACAAUAAAAGUGUUAUAUGGCAUGUCACAACCAUAUUUAUGCAUAAUGUUUUAAUAGCAAUGCUGUCACCUUAAAGAAUCCCCUGCAUGAAUGUUUCUAAAUUAUGUCCAGCAGGCACAAGACGUAAACAUGACCUCAGAUUGAAGUUACACCCCCACGUCGUGGGGAUGUUGCAUAUUGUUUGGAAAUGAUAAUUGGGUUGACGUCAGAACCCAACGUCAGGCCAACAAUAAUGCGCAACGUCCAACCUAAAAUCAUUGGACAUUGGACGUCAUGUGCCUGCUGGGUGUUAACUAGAGGUCAAAAGCCAGAGGAUUAAAAAAAGUUAAAUACAUUUAAAAGUCUCUUUUGCUCUCUAAUAGUAGUUAUUAAAAAAUAAAUAAAUAAUAAAAUAAAUAUAAGCAGUAAUUUUGUGAAAUAUUGUCUCAAUUAAAAAAAAAAAAGUAAUGUCAUUUACGUGAUCUUUAAAAAAUAAUUAAAAUGUCAUGCUUUUUUACUUAAUAAAUAUUUUUGAUUAUUAUCAACAGUAAAAAAUGUUGUGGUGCCUAAUAUAUUUGUAGAACGUAGUAUUCAAAGAAGGUACUCUGUCAAACCCAAAAAGUUAAGGUAACUCAAAUCGUUUGAGGAAACCAUUCAUUCAUUCAUUUUCUUUUCAGCUUAGUCCCUUUAUUAAUCUGGGGUCGCCACAGCAGAAUGAACUGCCAACUUAUCCAGCACAUGUUUUAUACAGCGCAUGCCCUUCCAGCCGUACAUCCAUACACACUCCAUACACACUCAUUCACACACAUACACUACGGACAAUUUAGCCUACCCAAUUCACCUAUACCACAUGUCUUUGGACUGUGGGGGAAACCGGAGCACCCAGAGGUAACCCACGCGAACGCAGGGAGAACAUGCAAACUCCACACAGAAACGCCAACUCACCCAGCCGAGGCUCGAACCAGCAACCUUCCUGCUGUGAGGCAACAGUAGCUACUGCGCCACUGCGUCGCCCUUGAGGAAAUCAAUUGCAACAAACCAUUUAAGUUCAAAAACUAAUCCUAAUGAGUAAUGUGAACUGAAUCCAUUUGAGUAAAUGAAGCAAUUUAAGCACAGUAAAACCCAAUAAAUGAAUAGAAUUUAAACCAACUAAGUACUGUAAAACCCAGUAAGUUAAGGCAACUCAAACCGUUUGAAGAAAUCGAUUGCUACAAAUCAUUUAGUUCAAAAACGAAUCUAUAAGAGUACUGUGAACUUACUCCAUUUAAGUUGAAGUAAUGAGGUAUUUAAUUAACACAUACUUCAACACUAUGUUCAAAACUCUUUUUUUAAUGAGUAGAAUUAACUUUCAGUCAAUUUUGAGUUAACUACACUCAUUUCGUUUGAUAAAGUUGAGUGUUGGGUUUUACAGUGUAAUGUUAAAAAAUAUAUUUAAGUAGUUUAUGUUUUAUUCAAAUAAAUGCUAUCAAAGAAGCCAGAAACGUAGACUGUUUUCAUGUCAUAUGAAGCAGAAAAACAUAAUUUCACAAUGAUACCAUUUUAUUGUAUUUUUUGUUGAACAAAUAAAGCCCUGUUGAGCUGAAA